AGAACAAAACUAAUGUUUUAGAAGUAUUGUUGUUGGAACACCCAAAUAACAUUUUUUCAUUGUUGAAUAUAACUCGUCUCAAGAACAAACUCAUAAAGACAAAAAAAAAAAAAAAGAGGUUAGUUUUGGACAGAUAAUGGGAGCAUAUAGAGCAGAAGAUGAUUAUGAUUACCUCUUCAAGGUGGUCUUAACCGGAGACUCCGGCGUUGGAAAAUCUAAUCUGUUAUCUCGUUUUACCAGAAAUGACUUCAGCAACGACUCACGUGCCACCAUCGGUGUUGAGUUCGCCACACGUAGCAUCCAAUGCGAUGACAAGAUCGUCAAGGCUCAAAUAUGGGAUACCGCCGGUCAAGAAAGGUACCGAGCCAUCACGAGCGCUUAUUACCGAGGAGCCGUUGGUGCGUUGCUAGUUUACGACGUAACACGCCACGUGACGUUCGAGAACGUCGAAAGAUGGCUAAAGGAGCUAAGGGACCACACGGACGCGAACAUUGUGAUUAUGCUCGUUGGUAACAAAGCUGAUCUUCGUCAUCUUCGAGCCAUCUCAACCGAAGAUGCCAAGGGGUUUGCGGAGAGAGAGAAUACGUUUUUCAUGGAGACUUCUGCGCUUGAAGCUCUGAACGUUGAGAAUGCUUUCACCGAAGUUCUCACUGAGAUUUACAGAGUGGUUAGCAAGAAAGCACUUGAAGCUGGAGACGAUCCAACCACUGCUUUGCCUAAAGGACAGACGAUUAACGUCGGAGGCAGAGAUGAUAUCUCGGCUGUUAAAAAACCUGGUUGCUGCUCUGCUUAGAUACAACCAUUGUAUUUUAUUUAUUCAACAUUUAACAAUUUCACAAAUUUCUUGCAAAUCUGUAUACAUACAUUCUUGGAAUUAUCAGACAAACAAAGUUAUUACACUAAGGUUUUUUCUUGUUAAGUUUAUACUCUACAAUGGCUUGCUUUGUGAUCUCCCUCCCUCCCUCUUUCUCUCUACUUCAAAAGAUCGAUGAUUCUCGUAGAUGUGCCAUUGUUAAUGCACCAUCUCUCAUGUCACGCUGCAUUUCCCCAUCUGCAACAAAAACAACCUGAUCAGUUUAUGUCUUGUAAUGGCUAAUGACAAAGCUAAAUACAGCAAACAAGAAGAAAAAUUCCAGAUUUUGAAUGCAAUUGUUGCAGCAGGACCGGCCCUGAGCUUAGCUAGACAAAAAAAAAAAAAAAAAAAUA